AUGGUUUUGGAAGCUGGUUCAAAUCCGAUAGAGACCACAAAACACCCCGGCGAGUUUGACACAAUGUUGAAAACGGUUCUGUAUCCCAAAAACUACGAUUCAGUUUCGGGAUGGAUUCCCGAUGUCGGUGACGGAGAAGUUUUAAAAGAACCGGUAAGAAAUCUUGCAAAUGAUGCCGAUUUAGCUAGAGUUAGAGUUGUUGCUAAAAACACACUGGAAAGAGUGACUCGCGGAGUAAAUCACGGAUUUGAAAAACGAGCGCUUCAAUACAACAACUCUGUCGAGAACAACAGAUGGGGUAAUUACGUAAAUUGGAAGUUGUAUCCUUUAUUUGGUCUCUUGGAACACAGAAAGGUUUCCAUAGGUUUACCGUAUAAAAUUCAUUUGCAAAGAGAAAUCAACGACAACAAGAUAUUCUUUGGUGAAAACAACUCUGACGCUAAAUUGGAAAUAACGAAUAUCCAACUUUACAUACCGGUAAUCACUCCUUCCGUAGAAGUGGAAACGAGAAUAUUCAACUCUUUAACCAAAGACAUCGAAAUUGCUUUUCUUCGUCGUAACACGGUAGGUAGCAUGACUUUAACGGGAGAAUCCACCACGUGGCCAAUUACCAACACCGUCAAACCAGCGAGAUAUCUAAUGGUCGGUUUCAAAAACCUGCCAGACUCUCAGACAAACAACAACAACAUUUUCAGAGUGGCAUUGAACCAUACUGAAGAUCCCAUCAUUCGCAAAGUUCAAGUCAGAUUGAACAACGAUAAUUAUCCCAAUCAACCUUUGACAAUUGAUCCUUCCAAAAAAGAUUACAACGAAUUGUACAGAAACUAUAAAAACAUGUGCGAAUUGUUUGGAAAUACGCCUCAGUUUGAAUACACAGAUUUUUCACUCAAUCAUCCAAUCUUUUGUUUCGAUCUGUCAGCUCAUCAAGAAGAUCUUUUCAAAACAGGGGUAAACAUAAAUAUUCACAUCAAUAAAACACAAGGAGAAACUUUAGUUAUGAAAAUAAUAGAAGCUAUGGAAACGAAUUCGCCGACUCUAAUAACUUACAACGGUAAAAAAGUGCAUAUAACCCAAAAGAUUAUCGAUAAAUACAAACAUUGCAAAGUCAGAGACGAUAUAGACUUGGAAAGAAUUGAUGAGAAUUUAACUAAAAAAGGUGGAUUUUUACCUUUCUUACCUUUAAUCUUUGCUGGUUUAGCUGCAGCCGGUGCAACUGCUGGUGGAGCUGCUGGGAUAGCCAAAGCUGUCAACGAUAAGAAAGCUGAAGCCGCUGCAAACGCCGAAGCACGUAGACACAAUUUGGCAAUGGAAAGAGAAGCACGAGGAGGUUCGGGAGUAGGAGAUAUAUUAAGGACGGUUAAAGAAUUCGGACAAAGAUUUGGCGAAGAAACCAAGAAAACCGUUAAAGAGGGAUUAAGCAAAUUAAUAGAUAAAAUCGACACUGGAGAAAUGAAGGUCAAACACAAGGGCAACGCCAUAUUUUUUAAAAACAUACGUUCUGGCGAGGGAAUCUUCCUUUCAAAGUAUAAAGGCAACGGAGUGAUUUUUGGUACGAAAAUGUAA